AUGUUUUUUUCACAUCAUUUUGAAGAUACAAUAAAAGUAGAAAGUAGAGAAUUAAAUCAAGAUUUUACUACUGUUCUUAUAAGAAAUAUAAAUAAAAAGUAUGGUGCUAAGACAAUUCAACAAGUUGGAUUAUGUUUAGCAUUUGAAUCAUUUAGUAAAGUUGGUGAUACAUAUAUUUUACCUGGUGAUGGUAAUUUAUUUACACCAGUUGAAUUUUUAUUUACCACCUGGAGACCAAUUGUUAAUGAAGUUAUUCAAGGUGUAAUCGAGAGAUCAGAACCUGAGGGUCUAGUAAUUUCGAUGAAUUUUUUUUCUGAUAUAUUUAUACCUAAAGACAAGUUACCGAAAGUUUCUAAAUUUUGUACCAGUCAAAAUGCUUGGUACUGGGCAUACUGUGAUGAGGAUGGAAAUGAAGCAGCUCAACUAUAUAUGGAUAAGGGAAAAAUUGUUAAAUUUAAAGUUGUUGAAACAAUAUGGAAUAAUAGUUUUAUAGAGAGUGGUGAAGAGAAAAAUUGUACAGAACCACCAAUGAAAGUUAUUGGAACAUUGGCUGAUACUGGUCUUGGAGUCAUAUCUUGGUGGGAACAGGUUUAA